AUGGCUCCCUCGGUCUCUUCAGCACCAUACGCAGACCCUCCGUGGCUCUCGCGCGACGUCAGCCCCUACUACACCGCGAGCCAUCGCCGGCUCCAGGCCGAGGCGCGCGAAUACGUCGACACGCACAUCACCCCGUUCUGCGAGGACUGGGAGCGACAGGGCUCCGUGCCCAGCGAGGUCAUCCUCAACCACGCCCGCUUGGGGUACAUGGCUGUCUCGAUCUACCCUCUGGCAGUCGCCCAGAUCAAGGCCGUCGGCCAGAGACUGCCCGGGGACAUUGACCCGGAAGAGUGGGACGGGUUCCACGACCUGAUCGUGAUUGACGAGAUUGCCAGGUGUGGCUACCUGGGCGUCAUCUGGGCGUUGAGUUGUGGCAAUUCCAUCGGCGCGCCACCGCUCAUAAAUUUCGGGAGCGAGGAGCAGAAGAUGAGAUUCUUGCCCGACGUGAUAGUGGGUCGAUCGCGAUUUUGUCUUGGUGUCACCGAGCCAGAUGCCGGGUCGGACGUCGCGGGCCUCACAACGACGGCUGAGCGUCGUGGAGACGUGUAUAUCGUAAACGGCGCCAAAAAAUGGAUCACCAAUGCCAUCUUUGCCGACUACUGCACCGCCGCGGUACGCACAGGGGGACCAGGCCGCGGGGGAGUAUCGGCGCUCAUCAUCCCGCUGAAAUCCCCCGGUGUGACAUGCAGCAAGAUCGAAAACUCGGGAGUCAACGCCAGUGGCUCCACCUAUAUCGAAUUUGACGAAGUCGAAGUGCCGGUGGCAAACCUCAUAGGCGCAGAAAACCGUGGCUUUGAUAUCAUCAUGUCCAACUUCAACCAUGAAAGACUCUGGCUCGCAUGUACGUCCCUUCGCAUGGCACGCGUCUCCAUCGAAGACGCCUAUGCCCAUGCACUCAGGAGACACACUUUCGGCAAGCCCUUGAUUGCGAACCAAGUGAUCGCGGCCAAGUUUGCGGACUUUGGCCGUGAUGUCGAGCCAACAUAUGCAUACAUGGAGUCAAUUGUGUACCUGACGGAGCAUGAGAGAAAGAGGGCGACCCAAAAUCGCCAGGGAGCUACGUCUCGGGAAGACCUCAAUCUCGGAGGAAUGAUUGCCAUUCUCAAGACCAGCGCCGGGCGGGUGUUAGAACGUGUCAACCGGGACGCGCAGCAAAUCCUGGGCGGAGCAGGGUAUUCGAGGACUGGAAAGGGUGCCAGAAUCGAGCAGAUCAGUCGAGAUGUCCGGGUCAUGGUGGUGGGCGGAGGCAGCGAUGAGAUUUUGAGCGACCUUGCAGUCAAGCUAGAGACAAAGGAGUUGCAAAGGUUGACUCGUUCGUCGAGCAAAUUGUGA